CAACUAUAAUUUUAUGCUAUUAGGUACAUAAGAGAUCAGUCUGCCGGUGUCAUUUUCCACACUUUAAAUCUCAUGCGCAUGGCGUGGCGACGCUGCACAGCAUGUCAAACUAGCUGGCGUAUCUAGAUAGCAUGUCAAAAAGAAAAGUGACUUUCGAAGACUGUGGCGAGGAAUUUGAUUUGGAGGACGAUCUUCCAAAGAAGAAGAUAUGUGAGGGUGUGAGUGGUCCUGGCUCCAGGUUCAAGGGAAAACAUUCCUUGGACAGUGAUGAGGAGGAUGAAGGAGAAGAUGGGGAAGAGAGCAGAAAAUAUAACAUAUUAGCUAGUGAUGAUGUGGAGGGUCAGGAGCAGGCCACGAUUGACUGUGAUGAGGGGGUGCCCAUCACGCCCUUCAACCUCAAUGAGGAGAUGCAGGAGGGCCACUUUGACUCUGAGGGAAACUACUUCGUUAAAAAGGAUGAGGAAAUUAGAGACAACUGGCUAGACAACAUUGACUGGGUGAAAAUCAAAGAACAACCAGUGAAGCGAAAGAAGGGCCUUGCUGCUAAGAGGAGGAGGAGGGAGGGGGAUGAGGAUGAGGCAGAGGAGGAGAAACAGAGGGAGGAGAAACAGGGAGACAGUGAGGAAGAGGCAGAACCAGAACCUGCAGAGGACCCCUUGGCAAAUUACAGCCGGCGUCAGCUCACAGAAGCUGUCGUUGAGUUGCUGUUGCCCGGAGAAACCGUUGCCGGGGGGCUGAGGCGAUUGGGUGGCUUAGGGGGUCGGAAGAAGGGAAGGGGUAAAGCUGAGGAUGGGAAAGAGGAGGGGCCAAACAGAGAUGCUGAAAAGCUAGACAGGCUGACAGCCUUAGCAGACAGAUUGGUGGGGAAUGGGGAGUUUGAGAUCUACCAACAGACCUAUGAAAGGCUGGCAUAUAAAUUGAAGCGGAUGGGUGGUCAAACUGCAGGUGGGAAGAGAGGGGCUGAUGAGGACGUUGAGCUCGACAUGUUCGCAGACCAGAUUGAUGCGGUGGAUGGAGAGAAAGGGCAAGAGGAGGAAGAUGAACAUGAGGGGAUUGACAGUGAUGAAGUGAUGUGGGAGUACAAAUGGGACAACGAUGAGAAGUCAGAGCUCUACGGCCCCUUCAGCAGCCAGCAGAUGCAGAACUGGGUGGAUGAGGGCUACUUCAAAGAUGGUGUUUACUGUAGGAAGGCAGGACAGGAAGGCGCACCAUUCUACAGCUCCAAGAGACUGGAUUUUGAGCUCUACACCUGACACACUGACUAGCAUACCUACAGACCAGCAAAACAGCGUACAGUCAUGAUCAUGAAAACGUACAUGAAAACACACACACACACACACACACUUAUGUAAGUUUGUGUUUGUUUUGUUUGAAAUUUUAUUGUAUGACACCAUCCUGAUGUUUUUAAAUAAACUGGAUGGGCUCAGGCCAAGUCUUGAGUCUUGUAAUUAUUUUACAUGAGAUCAGACGAGCAUGAAAAGGAAAGGAAAUGUAGUGCUUUCCAUCUGCUGCUUUUCAUAUAGUGGCAUGAUUUUAAACUGGGGUUGCAGGUAUGCCAUCUGCAAAGUUAAGGGGUUGGCAGGGCAUAUACCAUACCCAUACAGCAUUUGUAGUUGGACCCUUCGGAGUUUCCUACAGAUGUAAUCACAGUGACCCUGAGGACUGACUCAUUGCAGACGUUAAUUUCUGUUCCAUCUAAUCUCAUUUGAAGUUUGUGAAUUUUUAGAAUGUGUGGUUACAAAAUAAA